UAGCGAGAAUUUCUUUAGGAUUUCUUAAUUAUUCAAUUUUAAUCACGGCAUAAAACAGAAGAAAUUGAAGGAGCUGUAUUCAUAAUAUUUGUACAAAUUACCUAAAAAACAACAAAGAAGAAGUAAAUUAAGUUCUUUAUUAUAUCCACAUCUCUUUAUAGAAGUCCAAAGAUCUAGAUCGAGAUCUAACUUCUGUAUCCCUUGCUGUAUCAGUGUAUGAAGUAUAUGGUGUAGAUUUAGAUCUAGAUCCAACUAGUGACAUUCUCAUCAGCCUUGGACUACGUCAAACCGCUGAGUGCCGACUGCUGCUCCUGGACUAUGAACACUUACUUUGCUUUAAGUUUCGUGGUAUUAUACUCGCCUACAGACACAGUGUUCCAGUUAGGUAAUUUAAGCCGCGUCUCGGACAUUGAGACGAGAGGUACCAAGUGUUACGAGGAUGGCUUCCAACCGUGGCAUGAGAGUUUGAUUGUAUCAUUAAACGUCUACAUCUUGGAUGACCCAGCGCGUAUGCCGCCCCUGAUCAUCUAUCGCAUGUCAGAGACUGACAAAACGAAGACAUUGAUCUGUUUCUUGGAGUUUAAGGGCAAGCAGGGAGGUCGAUGUAAGUGGUGGAGCGAUCAAAAGGACAGGUUUGAUUUGUUGACAGAGAUGAUGAUCACUUCUGAAUGGAGCAACACCAGACUAAUUAUCCAGCACAAGUUCAAGGACGCUCCUUGGGAAUACAUUUCUGAAACUAUUAUCGUCCACCACCCCCCAGAAAUCUCGGUUCGAAUAAAUGGAAUAUCCUUUGAACACAAGAAAUGUUUCUUUGAUAUGAUCAUGCAUUCAAAAUUUUUGGUGGAUUUCUGCGUGAAUAAUCUGAAGUCCCCAAGGCUGGAGAUCUCCUGGCUAGGAGAGGCAAAAAAACAUAUCUAUGGCGACUGCAUUUCUGAAUCGUUUGUUCAUACCAAAGCCGAUGAGCAGAUCGAGUUUGAAUUUAUGGACUCUUGUCAAAAUAUAGGCUCGUUUACCUGCAAACUCGCAGAUCCUGAGUCUACAACUCAACCUGUCACUACGGACCAGCCUAAUGAACCGCCCAAUGACGACUUAUGGUGGUUUAAAAUAUCGUUAGUGUUCUCUGGAAUCUUUCUUUUAGCAGGAUUACUUUGCUUCAUUUAUACACAUCGAGUCUUAAGAGAUUCCAGCAUAUCUGAUUCCAACAGUCUCGAAGGAGUUCCCAAACGGAAGGAGUUCUUUUACACCUACUUACAAGUUAGUCAUGAUGACGUGUACUUGCCUCCCUUGAAUGAAGCAUUACGAUUGAAUGCUGAGAGAGCAUGCCAACUUGACGUCUCCACUACACGUUUCAGCAACUACAACUUAACAGAUUUACAUGUCAAAUUAGUCUAUUUUUUGUCUGUUCCAUAGUUGUACAGGUCGUAAUGACUAACUUGUUCACAAAUGAUUGUGUAAAUUAUUUAUAGCAAAUAGUGAUACGUGAAAUGAAACUAGAAAGACAAUCGUUGUCACGUUCAAAUUAUCCCAUCCUAACAAAAAUUAAUAAUAACAUUGAUUAUUUCUCUUAGCUGUAAGCCUACUCAAACAACUUACAAAUAACUAUUACCUGCAUAUUGUGACAAUGUUUGACGAUAAAGUAUUUAUACAUUUGCAUAUUUAUGUACAUUUGACUCUUAGCUUCUGACACUUGAUUUGAAUGGUUUCCAAGAUGCACUAUUUCCCCAUUUAUUGUAUUGAUUAUGUUAUUGUAUUUAGAGCUGCAAGACACAAAAGUUGUGUAAAUAACUCUACCGCAAAAGUAUAAAACGU